AUGGAUUUUAUGCCAGACAAAAAUGGGCACAUAGAAGUCCAUCAAGAAACGAAUUACUUGAUAGUGGCUCUAUCAUACUGCGUAUCGGUUUUAGGAGCAAGAACAGCUUUAGAGUUGUUGGGAAAACGUACUUCUCAUCUCGGGGCAAUGAAUUGGUUUAGAUUAAUAGGCGCUGCAUUUAGUAUGGGUUUCGUUGGUAUUUGGACAACGCAUUUUAUCGGAAUGAAAGCUUGCAGACUAGGUGACGGUAGUCCUCAAGCACAGUUAGGUUAUGAUCCUUGGUACACAAUUUUAUCUUUGAUAGUUCCAUUGGUCGUACUAACCCUUUCGUUCCUUUUGGUGGGAUCUCAGCCGCAAGUAAAUAUAAAACGUAUUUUAUUCGGUGGAACUUUAGCUGGUCUCACUGUUGCGUUUAUGCAUUAUUGUGGACAAUACGCAAUAAAAAGUUAUAUUAUAAAAUAUGAUCUUUCAUAUUUUAUAGCCAGUAUAAUAAUUGCAAUAAUAGCAUCAAAUGUAGCUUUAUACAUAUUUUUUCGUUUAAGAUCAAAGUGGAAGAAUCAAUGGCACAAAAAAUUAGGAAGUGCUUUAAUUAUGGGAAUCGCUGUUUGUGGUAUGCAUUAUACCGCAUAUGCCGGAACUCAUUAUUUCAUUACCACUGGUCAGAUUAUCGUCAAUAGUGGUAGUAUUAGUGAUAAUUUAUUGCUUGGAUUGAAUGUUACUGGAUCAUUAAUUACAUGCGCAAUUCUCAUAACUGUUGUUGCUAUUUCGAGAAAUGCUGAACUUCAAAGAAAACGCCAUGCUCAAAAAGUUGUACUAGGCGCAGCCAUAUAUAAUGAAAAUGGUUGGAUUUUAGUAUCAAAUGAUGGUUUUAUUCCUAUCAAGAAAAUUACAAAUGAAUACAGCCAAGAUCCAAUAUCUCGUAGAAUUCCUUAUUCUGUUCUAUUUCGCGAAAUGUUUGCGUUAAGUGCAAAGCAAUUGUACGAUUCGUUAAGUAUUCCGUUAUCAGAAUCAGGAACAUUAUAUGAUCAUAUAUUAAAUACUGGACAUCUAAAAAAUCAACCAACCGAUUGCUCUUCAUCCAUCAUCACUUCUACAUCAGGAAAGCAAGAUAAUAUUGGUUCAAAUAUUAUUAAAAUAGUAAAUAAUUCUAAAAAUUAUUUAAAAUCAAUGUUUAUUAAGAAUAACAAUAUUAUAAUCAACAACAUUAAACUACAAGAACGACGUAAUGAUGAUGAUACUAAAAAAAAAAAUGAUUUUGAUGUGCCUCCGUUAUGUAUAUCACCUUCAGCACCUUCAUUUCCGUCGUCAUCAUCAACGGAAGAACAUUUUCAUAAACUGGGUUAUCGAUUCACUGAUCCAAGACUAAUAGCACGUCUAAUGUCUGAACAAAUUCAAGUGAGACCGGGCGAAAUGUUAUGUUUUUUAGAAAAAAUGUUCGUUUAUUCCGAUUCGGGUUUAAAUUGCUUACUUGAGCCCGAUCGAAUUUACACUGGACUGUUUGUUCUGCAAAAAACACCCCAAGGUUCACAAGUUUUGAAACCUAUUUGA